GAAGACCGGGGAAGACCUGAGAGAGAGUGGGUAGAAGAAGAAGGCGAAGCGAAGAUGGGUCUGCUGUCGAACAAGGUGGAGAGGGCGGAGAUUAAGGCAGGCGAUCACAUUUACACCUGGAGAGCAGUCUACGCUUACGCCCAUCACGGUAUUUAUGUUGGAGGAAACAAAGUGGUUCAUUUUACCCGCAAAAAGGACACUUCGAAAGCUGUUGAUUCAUCCGGCCCCUCAAUCAUUUCUUCUAGUUCAAGUUCAAGAGUUCCUGAGGUAUGCCCGACUUUUCCAGAUUGUGGAUUCCACCAACCCAAUAGCGAGGUCAUCCUCUCUUGCUUGGAUUGCUUCCUUGGCAACGGCUCCCUCUAUUCCUUCGAAUAUGGAGUCCCGGCCUCGGUUUUUCUUGCCAAAGUCCGCGGUGGCACAUGCACCACCGCAGCAUCUGAUUCUCCGGACACCGUGAUCAACCGAGCCAUGUACCUGCUUCAGAAUGGUUUCGGCAAUUAUGAUGUCUUCGAUCACAACUGCGAAGAUUUUGCUCUCUACUGCAAGACUGGCCUUCUAUCCGUUGAAGAGCUUGGCAUUGGGGCAAGUGGACAAGCAUCAUCCUUAUUCGGUGUUCCUUUGGCAGCCUUGCUCUCUACCCCGUUCAAGCUGUUGGCAGCUGGGCCUGUGGGGAUGGCCACCGUCACUGCCGGCAUGUAUUGUGCAAACAGAUACAUCACUGACAUUGGGGUCAGAAAGGAUGUCGUCAAGGUUUCGGUUGAAGACUUGGCUUCAAUCAUCGGUUUCUGGCGUUCGGAGGGAACAAUUACAGAUCAGUCUUCUAAUGCCACCAUGAAUGUAGCAUCUAUCCAAGAAGAAGCAAGGUGAGGAUAGACUACAAUUAGCAUCCCUCCUGGCAUAGUUCAAGUUAUAUUGUUUGCUUAUUAGAGAUUUGACAUUAUCGGAUAAAUUCGGACCAACUUAUGUAGAUUGGAGUCAUGGAUUAGGAAAAUGCGAUGUCAAUAAAUUGAAGUCUUUAAAUUUCCAGUGCGAUUAAUGAUUCUGUAUAAUUUUUUAUGAUGAGUUAGAAAUUACAUCUGCAAAGUGCACGAUGCUCCACCUA